AUGGAGGAUGGUACUUCGUCCAAACUCAUUCCCACGUUGGGUACGCAACGCCGCGGCAACCAUGGCGCUCAUCUCACCGAUAGCAUCAAAGUGGCCCCUGCUGUCGAGAUUCAUCAUCUUCGAAACCUCGAGAUCACAUUCCACCGCACCGUAAGAGUCGCCGACGAUGGCAAGACGAGCAGCCUGCCUCCAAAUCUGGGCCGAUUUCCCAUCUUCAACACCGCCGACUUCGACCAAUUGCCAGCUGCCAUGGCUGCAAAGGGAGGAUUUCUCAUCCCCAUGUAUCAGCGUGAGGCCAUGUGGAUGUCUUUCCGCGCUACUCGGCCUUUUGCCAUCAAGGUCUACGUAGGAGGAGUCAAUGCUAUGUCAGGCGAGCCCGCUACAGAGACGCUUGCCACCCUUCAGCGUCGUUUCCGGCGCAUGCAGCUGGGCAAGAGCAUUCAGGACUACAUUGCUAUUCCCAAGCAGUUGUGGCUUGAUGGCAUUGCCAGUGAGGAUGGCAAAGUUCGUCAGUUCGUGGCUAUGCCGGUGGAAGAGGGUUACUCCAUCGAGGCUCAGAUCACCGGACUGGACAUGAUCGGCGGCAUCCAGAUUGAGGUUACACCCUCGAAGCAGAGACCCGUCUUCGAAAUCUUCAUUAAGACUCUCACCGGCAGAGUUUUCUCCCUGAACGUGAGAGCUGAGUACAUCAUCGAAAAGGUGAAGUCGAUGAUUGAAGACAAGGAAGGAAUACCAGUGGACCAGCAGCGCCUCAUCUAUAUUGGCAAGCAACUCGAAGAUGAAACAUCACACACCAUUCACCUUGUCCUUCGUCUUCGCGGGGGUGGAGAUCCUUCCAGAAUGAGGGAUCCGAGUUCCACAAUGAGCGUCUCCGCUGGAGGACUUAUCCGUCAGACAAUUGUGAAGGACUCAUACCAUCCGGAACUCUGGAAUCCGACGAAUGGCUCUAUCUUCAAUGUCCAGAUUUUGAACUCCAACACGUUCAAGCAGAUCACGGGCAUGGAUCCUCCAGAGUCGCCCAUCUCGGCGCAGACGUAUGCAGCGUGCGGCGCUCCGUAUUUCGAGGUCUACGAUGAGAAGCCAUCCGGUAUCAAGGGUGAUUUUGAAGGUAUCAAGUCUGUCAACGAGCAAGAUGAGGGCGGCCAGCAAACCGCCGACAAGGCGAAGGCUAUUGCGGAUGUCUCCGAGGUCGCGGACAGACCUGUCGUCCUCCUCGACGAUAAGGGCUCGUGCAUCGAAUUCCGUCCUUUGAAGAAGAUGGAGGAAGAGGUUCGCCGGCGCCUUGGUGAUAUGUGCAUCUAA